GAUAAAUUCCUAACCACCAUCACCACCUUAGCCAACAAUCUAUUAUCUCCAAGAAAGCAAGUUAAAGAAAAGAAAAAGAGAAGAACAAGCAAAAAAAAAAAAAAGAAAAGUAUUUUAUACCCAUCACCCAUCAUCUUCUUGUUUUUUUUUUUUUUUUGAUUUACUUUCCAUCUAAGCCCCUUUGGCUCCUUUUUCACUCUCAACUUGUCUCUCCAAGAAAUACCCUCUCACCUGUCUGUUCUCUUCUACCUUUCACAAUUUCUGCUUUCCUUCAAAACCCAUGUACCAUUAUUAUCUUUCCUUCAAAACCCAUGUUCCCUUAUAUCUACUUAUAUACCUCUAAUCACAGUUAUUAUAAGAUGCCUCCUCCUCCCUCAAACAGAGCUCACUCAAGUCAUACCCAAUUCAGCUUGCUCUGUAGAAAGAAAGAAACAAAAGUGCUAUGAUGGUACAAGAGGGACUUGAAUUCCCCAAGUGAUUGAUUGACCUAGCCAUAUGAGUUCAUUAAACAACCCAAGACCUUGGGCUCCAUAUAUGAACACCAAGGACUGUUCUCAAGGCUUUUGCAGCCUAUACUGCCCACAAUGGUGCUACAUCGUCUUCCCUCCUCCACCUCCCAUCCAAUUCCCCGAUGACAAUCCCGGCCCAAACUUCUCUCCCCUUGUCAUCGCCAUCAUCGGAAUUUUAGCAAGUGCUUUCCUUCUUGUCAGCUACUAUGCCAUAAUCUCCAAGUACUGUGGAAACACGGACCCUUCAAGAAGAAGAGAAAACCAUGAAGCAAACGAGGAAUCUGAAGAGCACGACGAUCCCUCGGAUCAUGAACCUUGGCAUGUCGCGACUACAGGUUUAGAUGAGGCCUUAAUCAAGUCAAUUACAGUUUGUAAGUACAAGAAAGGAGACGGGUUGAUUGAAAGCACAGAUUGCUCUGUUUGUCUCAGUGAGUUUGAAGAUGAUGAGAGUGUAAGGCUUUUGCCAAAAUGUAAUCAUGCUUUUCAUGUCCCUUGCAUUGAUACAUGGCUUAAGUCUCACUCGAAUUGCCCGCUUUGUCGAGCUAAUAUCAUUUUUGUUAGUGCUUCACCGCCUAUAUUGCCUCCUCCAGUGGUGGUAGAACCUCCUCAAUACAAUGAAUCUUUAUCGGAUAUCAAUCGUGACAACAACAACAACAAUAAUUCUAAUAAUGAGAAUGUUGAUCUUGUUGGGGAAGAUGUUGAGACGGGUGUUGUUAGAGAAGAAGAGAUGUUCCAAUUCCGAGCUCUGAGCGAUUUGGGGAGUUCUGAAGCGCGAGACAUUGUAAUUGAGAUCAGAGGUGAGGAUGAUGAACAGAUGGUUAGAAGAUCAGAAUCGAUGAAUUACUUGUGUCAGAACCGGGUUUUGAUUGCUGAUGUGUUGCGUCUGAACCAGGAUGAGGAUAGUCAAGACCAUGUUGGAUCAUCAAAAUUGGCAGCAGUUGAAAUGAGCAAGACAAGCCAUAGCAACAGAGUGUUACAUUGUGUUACGAGUCCCGUGGCAAUGAAGAGAUCGUUUUCCGGUGGGAGAUUCUCGUUUUCUAGACGUGGCAGAGGCCGGAACAUAAUGAUGCCCCUGUGAUAAAAAAAAAAUGAAAAAUAAAUAAAUAAAUCAGAGGGGUUUGAUGAAAUUAGUGCUAUCAAAUAGAGGGAGAGGUUGUUGGCAUCCAUGAUUUUUACAUGAUUAGUUAGUUUUUGUUGUAUGGUUAUUAUGAGUGUGAGAAAUCUCUCUUCUAUAAUAGUGAUGAGAGAUUUCUAAACAUAAUGCAGAGUUUGUUUUUGGUUCUGGUUUGGUUUAUUGUCCUAAAAGUUUGUUGGUUUUGUUAAGAUGGAGAUGUUUUAUGCCUACACUACAACAUAUUUGGAUUAUUAUGAGAAUCAAAUACAUUAAUUA